CGGACAGUAAAUGCUGCGGAACACGGUGCACCCACGUGGGUAUAAACUGGAGUUGUGUGGUGUAAUUCUGUAGUGAUUGUUUAUUAUGAAGGAACUGUAAUCGUGCAAUACAAAUGUAUUGAUAGAGGGAACGCAAAAUAGUGGGUUUACGAUAAUCCUCGACUCUUUCAGUGUGUUUUGCUUGUCGGGUGUCUUUUCAAACGUUUAAAAGCAGAAGUGUCUCCAUAUAGUUGAUAUGUGGAAGUUUUGCAGAAACUAAGAUGACCUCGGCAAGUUAUUGUAUGUGCAAGAGAAGUUUUUUGAGAAUAUGGAAUUCUGCUUUCCAUCUACAUUUUGAUGGGCAUCAUCAGAUAAAAAGGUACUUCUUUGUACAUCAUCUUUUGACUCGGGCUUCAACACCUCUCUGCAAAAAAAUUCUGCCAUUAAAGCCUGGGCUAAACACCUAUGUAUUUAGUUCUAUGAGACGGACUUCAGAACCCGAUGGGACAAGUGAUGCCGGAGCCAACUCAGAAGAAAGCAGUUUUGUACAAGCUGUUCCUCACAUCCAGCCUGACUCAUUCAACAGGGACCCUCUUACAGACUUGGAACCAGCAGCCCCACUGUCUCCUUUUGAUGAGAUUUCUGAAGAUGAAGCAGUUCAACUUGAAGCAGGGCCUUUGCUUCCAGCAGCAUCUUUCACGCUGAGAGACUACGUUGACCAUUCAGAGGUACUGCGUAAACUUGUACUUAUUGGUGUAGACUUGUCCAGACUGGAGCAGCGUCCUCAUCUGGCCACCGCAAUCCUGAAGCUAGAUUUUGAGAAGGAUGUGAAAGACAAGCUCUUUUUCUUAAAGGAUGUUGGUGUUGAAAAUCAUCAGCUGGGAUCUUUUGUGACCAAGAAUCCUUACAUUCUGGUGGUAGAUAUAGAGAGUCUUCAGAAACGAGUAUCCUAUUUAAAGUCUAAAAAGUUCAGCAAGGAAUCCAUAGCAAGAAUGGUCUCUGGUGCUCCGUAUUUGCUAAACUUCAGUGUGGAGAGACUGGAUAACAGAUUGGGGUUCUUCCAAAAGGAGCUUGCUCUCAAUCCUCAGAAGACUCGGGAUCUUGUGAAACGUCUUCCAAGACUCCUAACUGGAAGUCUUGAACCUGUCAAGGAAAAUCUUAAAGUAUGCCAGAUUGAAUUUGGCUUUCGCACUAACGAGAUCCAGCACAUGGUAACACGAGUACCAAAACUGUUAACAGCUAACAAGAAGAAGAUCACACACAUAUUCGAUUAUUUGCAUAAUGCAAUGGGCAUUCCCCAUAAUCUCAUAGUAAAAUUUCCACAGAUCUUCAAUGGUAAGCUGCUGAGAAUUAAAGAACGCCAUCUGUUUUUAAAGCACCUAGGGAGAGCCCAGUACGACCCAACACAUCCUCACUAUAUUUCUCUGGACAGACUAGUAGCAACUCCUGAUACAGUGUUCUGUAAUGAGAUAGCCAAAUCUUCACAGCAGGACUUUGAACAUUUCCAGAAAACACUUUGAUAAAACCAUUACAAUAAAGUAGUCUGCAGCUUGCCUCACAGCAGAACUUUGAACAUUUCCAGAAAAGACUUUGAUGGAACCAUUACAAUAAAAGUCUGCAGUUCA